AUGGCAACGAAAGCUGAAAUUCAAUCCGAUGAACGAAGGGUGUUUGAGAAAGGUAAAGGAAACAUUCCGAAAUGGAUGGCGGGUGUAUUGCAUCGUAAUGGACCAGGUAUCGUUGAAGAACUUGCAUUACCAGUGUUAUUAGAUGAAUUAAAGGCCAAUGAAGAAUUGUCAAUAUCGAAGAGUAGAUUAACUCGAUAUCGACUUCCUAAAGUAUCAGAAAAAUUAACGUCAGUUGCUGCUAGCGAACAUCCGAAAAAAUUACCGUCUGCUGAAACAGUGUUUCAAGUUCCUUCGGAAUUGAAUAUCGGAUUGAUUAUUCAAAAUUACAUUUAA